AGGAGGAGAACACUGAAUAAUUCACACGUCUGUGCCUGGGUCACGGCCGCGGAGCAGAGGAGGACAUUUUCUUCUUCUUCUUCUUCUUCUUCUAAAAAGCGACCCGGCGAGCAGAGCCAUGCUGUGAAGCGACGUGUCCCUGCGCUGCCAGGAUGAAGGCUUGAGAGGAUCCCUCCGCGUUAACGUGACAUCUCUCUUCAACACACACACACACACACCAGCGAGCCCGGACCCCGAGACCUGACCAUGGACUCCUUCAGCACCAAGAGCUUGGCCCUGCAGGCGCAGAAGAAGCUGAUGAGCAAGAUGGCCACCAAGAGCAUGGCCAGCCUCUUCAUUGACGACACCAGCAGCGAGGUGCUGGACGAGCUGUACCGCGUCACCAAGGAGUACACCCGGAACCGCAAAGAGGCCCAGAAGAUCAUCAAGAACCUGAUCAAGAUGGUGGUGAAGCUGGGGGUUCUCUAUCGAAACAACCAAUUCAACGGCGAGGAGCUGAUCCUAGUGGACAACUUCAGGAAGAAAGUCCACACUCUGGCCAUGACGGCGGUCAGCUUCCACCAGAUCGAGUUCACCUUUGACCGCCGCGUCAUGAGCGCCAUUUUGAACGAGUGUCGCGAGCUGCUGCACCAGGCCAUCAAACGCCACCUGACAGCCAAGAGCCACUCGAGAGUCAACCACGUCUUCAAUCACUUUGCCGACUGCGACUUCCUGGCGGCUCUCUACGGGCCCUCGGAGGUUUAUCGCGGCCACCUGCAGAGGAUCUGCAACGGCGUCAACAAGAUGCUCGACGACGGGAACCUCUGA